CUGAGCAGUGCACGUUAGGCUCCCAGACGCCUGCCGGAUUAUCAUGUUUUGCCUCGAUAUCUGCCUUUAGUAGAGCAACCAUGGUGGAUUAGUGGCCAGCGAGGUAGCGUGUGGUGGUGUGGAGUGACCCGAGUGCAUAGUCGGAGGUGUGAGUGACGAGGAGGUGGAGAACUUGGAACGUCUUGAGUGUGGGAGGUGUAUCUUAGCCACAGCUUGAGUGAAGAAGCAACAAGUGAAAAUCUGUGUUUCGGAGAAUUUACCUGAAAAUGUAAACAAAAUGUAAAAAUGUGUACAUACCAUAUAUUGUAUAUAUUGAAGUAUCCAGUAAGGAACUGUUUAGGUUGUAAGUUCACAGUCAAAGUGGGCUGUUUGUGAGUUAAUGCAGGAAAAUGGGUUGCUGGUGCAAUCUAGAUGAAAAAGAGUUGCAGGACGUGCAUUGUGUGUAUAAGUUAAGAUAAUUGAAAGUGUGAAUGAAGAAGUGUGCCAAGAGGAGACAUUAGAUUCCAAGCCAUAUAAUGAUGAUGGCGAUUAAAUACCCAAUGAGAAACAAAAUGUUGUUAAGAGACUACUCGCACUCCUUGUCCUGAAGCUGCGAAAAUGGAUUACAGCCGAUAUAUAGUGCAGGUGUUUGUCGGGGCAUUGUCGCCUCAUUAUGAAGCUCUGUCUAUCGAGGUCAGCAAACAGACCACCUCGCAAGAAAUCACCAUUUGUAUUGUAGAGAGGCUUGGUCUUCCCAAUCCCCAGCACUAUGAAUUGGCCGAGGUCAUUGGCAAUGCUCACGGGCAAGAGUGUAAGGAGAGAAGACUGGGGCCACAGGAGAAUCCAGUGGCUCUUCAGAUGCUCUGGCCCCAGCCAUCCGUCACCGAAAGUAUUGAAGAAAAUGAACAACAUGAAUACAGAUUUUGCCUGCGAGAGAAGAUAUCAUCAGACUCCUUGUGGGCAGAACCCAGUCAGCUUGAUUCCCAACUAAUCCGUGAUUACUUCUAUAAAUUCUUAUAUCAGCCCAAAGAUAAAGAGUAUCCUGAUCUGUGUCAGUUACCUAAUCUAACAGAACAGACACUCCUUGAAAACCUGCGAGCGAGAUUCCAAAGAGGUUACAUUUAUACGUAUGUUGGGUCCAUCCUUAUAUCUGUCAAUCCGUUCAAAUACUAUCCAAUAUAUAAUCCGAAAUAUGUGAAAUUGUACCAGAAUCACCGUCUAGGAGAGCUUCCUCCCCACAUAUUUGCUAUUGCUGAUGCAGCCUAUCACUUAAUGCUAAAGCAGAGGCGCAACCAGUGCAUUGUUAUCAGUGGGGAAAGUGGAAGUGGGAAAACCGAGUCCACACUCUUCCUUCUGCACCAUCUUACCAUGCUGAGCCAAAAGGGAUCACAUGGAAGUGGUGUGGAGCAGACCAUCCUAAGUUCUGGACCAGUAUUAGAGGCCUUUGGAAAUGCGAAAACGGCCCACAACAAUAAUUCGAGUAGAUUUGGAAAAUUCAUUCAAGUCACCUAUAAGGAAAAUGGUCUUGUUCAAGGGGCAUGUGUUCAGAAAUAUCUGUUGGAGAAAUCAAGAAUCUGCUCUCAAGCACACAACGAGCGUAGUUAUCAUGUGUUCUAUUAUCUUCUUGCUGGGGCAUCUCCCCAAGUACGGCAAGCCCUUCAUCUUCUGAAACCCGCAGACUACCGCUACCUCAAUCAGAGCAAGUGCUAUACCAUUGAGGGUUGCGAUGAGCAGUUUGAGUUUGUUAGACUGAAGCAGUCCAUGGAGAUGGUGGGCUUCACGGCCGAUAAACAACAUCGACUCUUUGCUAUACUUUCUGCUGUCCUUCUAUUAGGGAACAUAGAAUUUCAGCCAAAGAAGUCUACCUACCAUCACGAUGAGUCAGUGCUGGUACGAAACCCUGAGCAAGUUAGUGUUAUAUCCACGUUGCUAGGUGUAUCAGAGGACACGCUCACAAAUGCACUCACAUCAAAGAAGGCUCGUGUUCAGGGGGAGACUCUAGUCAUGCACUAUCGCCAUCCUGAGGCUGUUGCAGCCCGUGAUGCCUUGGCCAAGUGUUUGUAUGGGGCAUUAUUUGACUGGAUUGUCCUGCAGGUGAACUACUCCCUCAUCACCCUAAAAGAAUCGGCCAGUGAUCUCGGUGGUAACUCAAUUGGUGUGCUAGACAUAUUUGGCUUUGAAGAUUUUGGUCAUAGUAACAGAUUUGAACAAUUCUGCAUUAAUUAUGCCAAUGAACACCUGCAGCAUUACUUUAACCAACAUGUGUUUGAGUACGAACAAGAAGAAUACCAGCGGGAAGGUAUUACAUGGACCAAUAUAGAAUUUACGGAUAAUGUUGACUGUCUAGCACUCAUUGAAGGGAAGCCAGCUGGUCUGCUGUGUGUGCUAGAUGAUCAGUGUAGUUUUCCUGCUGCUACGAAUGAGACGUUCCUUCAAAAGAUCAACACAGUGCACAAGGAUAAUAAGUAUUAUGAAAUACCCCAUAAGAGAGAAUCUGCAUUUAUUAUUAAACAUUAUGCGGGCAAAGUCAAAUACCAGGUUCAUGACUUUAGAGAAAAGAACUUGGAUCUUAUGCGGCCUGAGCUGAUAUGUGUUAUGAAGAAUAGUCGGUAUAGUAUCGUAAGAGAAGUGGCUGGGGCCGAUCCUGUUGCUGUGUUCAGGUGGUCUAUUUUAAGGGCAUUUUUCCGUGCUGUUAGUGCAUUCCACGGAGCAGCACUAAAGUACACCAAGCGAAAAGGACAAGAAGACCAAAGAAAAACACCAAAACAGAAAAUUCAUAUAGAUAAUUCUAGAAUUCUUGCCGCCAUCGAAAAUACUCAGAUUCGUCUACGGAAGACCCGCCACAGCCGAUCUCGUUCCCGUUCACAUGGCCCACGACACCAGAAAAACCUCAAAACUGUCAAGGCAUUGGCACAGAGAACUCAGUCUCUUACCUCACAGGGUCGGCUUCCUGGUUCUCGCAAACCUCCACAUACGGUGACCGGACAAUUCCAGCUCUCUCUCCAAACACUGAUGGAAGCUCUCAACACUGCCAACCCUUUCUUUAUUCGAUGCAUCAAGAGUAAUGCAAGUAAGGAGGCCAAUGUUUUUGGAGAUGAAAUGGUGAUGCGGCAGCUGAGAUAUACAGGCAUGUUGGAAACUGUUCGGAUAAGGCAGGCUGGCUUCAAUGUUAGACUCUCCUAUGAUGAAUUCAUUCACCAUUACAGAAUACUCUUACCCAAGGGUCUCUUAAGUGUUAAUAGUUCUCAGGCAGAUGUGCGGUCCUUUCUAAAAGGGAUGCAGUUGGUGGAAAGUGAGUACCAGAUGGGGAAUACAAAAAUAUUUAUGCGUGAAUCACAAAAACAGAAGUUGGACUCUCAACUCCACCAGACUAUUCUCUCUCGUAUUAUCAUUAUCCAACGAUGGUAUCGAACUAUUCACCAACGACGACACUUCUUAUUAUUCAGAAGGGCUGUUGUUAGAAUUCAGUGUCAGGUGCGGUGUUGGAUUGCACAGCAGGUGUUAACCAAAAUGCGUGUAAGACAUAAUGCUGCAACAUUCAUCCAAAAAAUGUGGCGUGGACACCGUGUACGAAAGUGGUAUUUGAAUUUACGAAGGGCUCUUAUAGCAUUCCAGGCUUGUGUCCGGGGGCAGCAGUCACGUCAGAGGUUCCAAAUAAUGUUGGACGAGUGGAGACAAGAAAAGGGUAGAAAUGAAUCCAAAAGACUCAAAGAAGAGGAAGAGAUGUCUGUCACUUCAAUAACAACUGCUGGGUCCACUCUCUCUGUACCAGUGGAUCUAAAUGAGCCUGCUCAACCUCCGCCGCGAAGAAAGUCACACAUUCAAAAUGCACAAGGUCACAAGCUUCACAGAAGACAAAGUGAGCAAGUUCUCUGCGAGAGAAGAAUGUCGGAGGAGCCGCAAUCAUAUCACGAAAACUUUAACAGACGCCUGAGUGAAACAAAUAUUCAAAUUCGGAGAUCGUCUCAAGGAAGUACAAGUGUUCAGGUAGUGUACAUCAGACAAAGUGAAGAAAGUCCGUUCACGCCAUCUCCUCCAGCGUCACCAAAUGGAACUGAAGAAGAUAAACCAACACACAAACCGAGAUCUUUCAGGCAUCGCCAGUAUACCAAAGUCCCACUUGCCAAACAGGCUGCCACUACUCCAUCAGCUUCUGCCGAGAGUUUGAAUUCAAACCACUUAGAGCGAAAAUCGAGCACAGGUGACGACGACAGUGCCAAACAGCAGCAUCUACAGCCACCUCUUGCAGAUUCACUUAGCAUGCUCAAGUUUCCAAGACAAUUGAAAAAGCCUUUCAAGAAAAUUAAAGGAAAACGAGAAGGCAGUUUCAGUGAGAGCGAGGAUGCUAUAUCAUAUGAGUCCCAACCCCAAACUCCCACAAGCCCAGGAGACUACCAUCCAAGCUUCUCAUCAGAGCUUGGCCCAGAUAUCAAUCCUGUAGCAUUGAAGGAGAGAAAUGUGGGAAGCAGUGGUAGCCAACAGGUGGCUUCUGCAUGGGAACUCAGUGGAGUUGAUGAGCCACCGAGAGCCAAAGAACCUCUAAAGCCGUCUUCCAGUCUUCCUGAUGUUGUCCAUGGAUAUGCGAGCCUCGAGCCAUCAGGGGUACAGGGUGCAGCCUCUUCAUCUCUUUCUAUCGUAGGUGGUGAAGCAGAAGCCUUGAAACAAAUACUUCUCAUCUCCCCUCAUCCCCUCAAGCAGUCUACUUUACUGAAGAAAGAAGUUUGUUUUGCGUGUGAUAAGCCAUUUACUGGCUUUUUUAUUAAUUACGGCUACAAGUGUUUGAGUUGCAAGAAAAUUUUCCAUUCGAGAUGUGUAAAAGCGUCUCUGAGUGUUUCCUGCUUAGAUAACCCAAACUCUGGUAAAGAGAACUCCAGUCCACUGAAUAAGAAGCCUCGGCGUAUUGACCAAGAAGACAAUUGGAACCUUACUAGAACAUCUGAAUUCAUUGAUAAAUCUGAUGAAGUGAUUAAAGAUGCAUAUGAAUUAAGACGGCUUGAAGAAUAUAUUAGGCGCAAGUUGUAUGAUCUAGAAGAGAAAGAGAGUGAGAAGGCCGACACUCGUACCCAAAGUCUCGAUCGCACUUUUACCCGAGAUGCACCAAGCAAAGAUUUUGAAGCGAGCAUUCGUUUACGAGAUCGAAAAGACUCGCAAGUGGAUCAGAUGUUCUGUCAGUCAUUACGCGAGUUUAAAAAUAAUUUGGUGUCCACUUAUUCUGUGGCAUUCCAGAGAGAAACAGCAGACCUUACCCUCAAGUACAAAGAUCUCAUUAAAAAUUUUGAGCAGGUGAUGAACACCGUAUGCAAGGAGAAGAUGGGAAAUGACACUUUCCCAGUUACAAUGGGAGUUAAUGCAUUUCGUGGUUUCCUUGAUGAAUUUAUACGAGAGAAAAAGAAACCAGUUGAGGAUAAAUCAAGAAGAAAAAGACACAGGCGUAAAAAGAGAAAGGUAGAGGAGUUGGUGUAUGGAGGCCACAUCUUCUCCCCAAUCAUGGUGAACAUUCCUACUCAGUGUGAAGUGUGUAACUCUUUCCUCUGGCUUUCUAUGAAGGCCUUCACCUGCCAAAGAUGUAAAGUUACGUGCCACCAGAAGUGUUACAAGAGAGCAGACUCCAAGUGUAGUCAUGAUGGUCCUAAGCCUAUUGUUGUUGAUACUGGAAUGCCCCCUACUAGAAAUCGCGUUCUUGGUGUACCGUUAGAAAAUUUAGUACGACCUGGUGAAAAAAUUCCUUCAGUUAUAGAUCGUCUUAUUACCAGCAUUGAGAUUUAUGGGUUGUACACUGAAGGGCUCUAUCGGAAAUCAGGUGCCCAGACUAAAGUUCGAGCAGUCAAGGCCCAUAUGGAGCGUGAUCCGGAUAAUAUAGACUUUACCGACACACCCAUUCAUGUCCUGGCCACCAUCCUAAAGUCCUUCUUUCGGGAAUUACCGGAACCCCUCCUGACCUUUGAAUGUUAUGACCCGCUCCUCCAUGCUACCGAGCUGCAAGAUCCAGAUGAUCAGUUGCAGACAAUAUUCAACAUCAUCAAAGGCAUACCUAAACUGAAUUAUGAUUUGCUAGAAAGACUCAUCUUUCACAUUGUUCGAGUGGCGCAUCAUGAAGAGCACAAUCGCAUGAGUGUUAAUGCCUUGGCCAUCGUGUUUGCACCUUGUAUACUGCGUAGUCAGAGAUCACAAACGGUUCAAGAUUCUCUUAAUGAUAUUGCCAAACAAACAGCGGUGGUAGAGUCGAUAGUAACAAGACAAUUAAGACAAGUGAGAAUGACACUUAAUGAUAUUGAUAGUGUUGAUAGUGCAACAGCCUCGGCAGGCAUGCGUCUCGACUCAAUUCGUUCCUUAAAGCCUCAAACUCAUCGAUACUGUGCACUUCAAAAUGAAGGUACAGUGUCCACAUUACCACGUGCGUCAACUGCUUCAGCGAGAUCUGCAUUAUCUGAUCCUUGUGAGCAAGAUCUGGAGGAAAAGUUGGAAAACCUCCGUGACACUCGGCUCCGCUUAGAGCUACAAUUGCCAACUCUUGUGAGAGGGAGCUCGGAAGAAGACCUCCUCUCCACAGAUAUGUCUCGAGGUGGAUCUUUGGAGGACAUUCCUGGAACUCCAAUCACUCCUGCUGCACCUGCUGCAUUUAUUGGAGGGUCCAGAGAGAGUGGGUGUGGUGACGAAUCGGAUUCACUUUCUAUAUCAGGUGACAACACAACCAGACAAAAAAGAACCCGGACUUGGAAACGAGAUAAAACAGACGAAGACGGUAGUGUAACUUCAAGAUUACACCAGGACUAUAGUGAUGAUGCUGUGAUGGUAUAGCUCACGUGUGAACUUUGGUCAUAGGAUCCAUAUUGCUUGGGUAGUGCCGAACAUUAAUAUUUAUAAUUUUCAUCAUUUGGGAAGAUGGAAUUUAAGGCAAUGCUGACAAAUUUAGCCGAAGGACCCAGUAUUUGUUUAUAUUUGAUUCGAUAAUUAUUCCUACAAUUUGCUACAAAAAAAGGACGCAUUCGGAUAAAAAACGUUUACGUAUAUUUUUCUAGGCACGAGAACAAGAAAUCUAUUAGUGUGAAUGUGACUCAUGUGCUUAGAACUCUUUUGUUUUUUUGUUUUUUUUUUGGUUUGAGAGGUAAGUUUGUUUGACAUCGAUCAUUGUUGUGUUUGUUACUUUGCUUUAAGGUGAACUAUUCUUGUCAAGAGAUGUGUUUUUUAUAUCUUUGUAAUGUAUAUUAAUUUGAAAACUCGUGUUUGUAAAUUGUCAAAUCUAGUUUUGAUAGGAUUGUGAUUAUCAACUGAACAAGCAUUGUAAAUACUUUUUAAGCUUUUCUUCUCUUAGUUACAUAUUUUGUUCUCUUAGCUACAAAUUUAAGUCAUCACAAACAUACUUCAGGGGACCAUAAUCAUUGUAUAAAAGUAUUUAAGAAUUACUUCAUGUUACAUCCAGAUCACAUCCAGAGUAAAAUUGCCUCAUUAACAAAGGGGGACUCAUACUUGACGACGGCUGUAUUAGCAGAGGCUCGGACUAAUGGGCAAUUUUGUGUGUAGCCAGGGAGGUUUUACUCAUGUUAACUUAUUUUAAGUGUGCUCUUAUGUGUUAAUGACAAAGUUCUUUCAUAUCAUCAUGCUCUGUGUUGUAAUUUUCUCACAAAAUUGUUAUGCCAUUUCUUGCCAUUACUUACCUAUUUUGUCUCUCAAUUUCAAAGUUUUUCCCCAAAGUUAAUAUUUAAAUUAAGUGUUCCUAUGUCCUUUAAUUAUUCAUAAAUGAAACUUUUACAAUGGGUAUUCCGUAUCUGUCCAGAAUUGUCUUUUCCCAAUUUGCAUAAUUUCCGAAAGUUAGUAUGUGUGCACAUCCCAGUGAUGUCUCCUGUCUUUUUUUGUAACUGCACAUUUUUCCCCACUUUUUCAUAUUUGGCGUAACAUUAAAAACCCAAGCAUAAAUAA